GAUAUAUCAAGAGACAGCCCACAGUCAUCUCCGUGAGUUUAUAUUGAUUUCUUUCAAAUCUCCACAAUCACCUCUCGCGAGUUUUCAAACUUCAGUCAUCGAAAGAAAGAAGAAAUACGUCAAGUCCAUCGCUUCGUGUCUAUUAUAAGGUAGCGCAUGGGAUGAAACCUCGGGGUUUCGAUAUUAUGCUGCGGUCCUCUCGAAGGCGAGAUUGAGAUUGCUUCAUGGAAUAACGGACCAUGCUUCCAAGCCUCAAGCUGGACACGAACAUGACUGUGUGAACUUCUGGCAUCGCUAUUUUAAGCGUAUCCUCAUGCCUUUCAUUGGCUAUAUCGAACUUCUCUGGAGAACAUACCUCGAUACACGACACAAUGGCUACCCCCAGUGGAAAUGCCGUUUCAAAGCUGGACAUCCCAGUAGCGCAAUCUCAACCAAACAUGGACUCGCCUUCUCAAGAUCCGGCAGCUCAAGACAAACCCAAACCAAUCAGGACACGGCCACAAAAGCCCAACUACUUCCUUAUCCACUCAAAGCCUUUACCUCUCCAAACCUACCCCCUCCCAGCUUUUGUACCUCAAAACCCUCUAUCACUUCUCCGCAUCGCCUACAUCUAUCUCUCUCAACUCAUCUCAGCACCUUCGUCUCACCCAAAACAUCUCAUCACUGGGAUCUUCAGCCCAGAAACAAACUCCGUCCACAUCACCGAUCAUGCCUCCAUCCGCGCCCUCUGGGAAAUGGGGUUCUUCGGAAAAGGCACCCUAUCCCGUAGUGAACCAUCUUGGCUAGACCGAGAGAAAGCAAGACUGAAAGCUAGUAAACACGGUGGUGGCACAGCAGAAGAAAACACCAGAAAACGCAGAGAAGAGAGAAAGCUGUUCAAACUUGAGAGAGCUAGAGCGGAAGCCGAGCAGAUUGAAGAAACACUGAGGAAAGAACGUGCAGCUCUGGAAUCUGCGACCGAGGAGAUCGAUGAGAAAAGAGUGGAUGAAAUUGCCGUCUCUCAUGUGUUUCCCUGGAUGCAAGAGCAGCAGCAAAAAGAAGAAGAUGUGGAGUUCAAGGAAGAAACCAAGACCGUACCCACAGGGGACCCCAAAUCCGAGGAACCAACGACCAAUAUCGUAGAGGUCCCCAUCCUCCCCACCGGUACCACAAUCCACACUUCCGGCACUCCGGCCACCGAAACCGAUAUAGCCACCACAACCCUCCCGAAAAAAGAAGAAGAAGAAGAAGCCCCCAUCACAAACCAAGAACACCUGCAACUAAACCUCGAAGAAUCCUUCUUCCUCACCUACGCCCUCGGAGCCCUACGCAUUCUCGACCCUGCCACAUCUUCUCCCAUCCCUACAUCCUCCCUCCUCCAGCUUUUCCGCCAACACUCCUAUUUCCCCACCGCUGCACCUACAUCUCUGCGCCCCGAUGACCCAUUCCUGCUAAACUACAUCGUGUAUCACCAUUACCGCUCUUUGGGCUGGGUAGUACGUCCAGGAGUGAAGUUUUCCUGCGAUUUCUUGCUUUAUAAUCGUGGUCCUGUGUUUUCUCACGCCGAGUUUGCACUGCUUAUUAUUCCAGAGUAUGCAGAGGGGAGUGUGGAGCAUCGGCAAGGAAAAGGGAGACUGGGUUGGUGGUGGUUGCAUUGUGUCAAUAGGGUGCAGAGUCAGGUCAAGAAGAGUUUGGUUAUUGUAUAUGUCAAGGUUCCUGAAAAGGUGCCGGAAGUGGGCGUGGAUGGAGACACUGAUAUUGGGGCUUUGUUGAGGGGGUAUGAGGUUAGGGAGUUUGUGAUCAAGAGAUGGUUGGCCAAUAGGAGUCGUGAUUGAGGAUGUAGUAUAUACAUACAAAAAGGUAUACAUGCAUGGAUCAAGAGUGUAUACUGAACAAGGUAGACAUGGACUCUUGUCUCUCAAUCUCUCGCUGCUUUCUUCGCAACCUCUCCUCAUGUUCGUCCAAUCGCUGGAUCAGAGUGACUUGCUCAUCAGCAGCCUGUUCCUCAAACUUUCGAAGCGUCUCCAGUGC